GCCACAACCAUUUCGUGUGGGCGGUGGUUUGACAGCAGUCCCUUUGACCAUCUCAAAGGUGUGCAGAUGCGUGAGAAGCUGCCACAGCUGAGAGGUUGGCAUCGCAACCCACACACCCACCCCCACAGCAACCACGCACACAACACACACAAUUGGGGGUACAAGACAUACGACUCCAACGGAGAUUAUCCCGCAUACACUCAGGAUACGCACACACACACACACGCACACGCACAUAUGGGACAUACAAAUGGCGACAGUGGCGAUACGUUCAGCCGCGCAGAGAGUGUGGAGGGUGCAGAGGGAGCAGAGGACAGGCAGCACCUGCACCCGCAGCAACAGGUGCAGGACCUGCAGUUCACCGAGGCACUCGAGGCCAUCAUGCUGCAACACGACAUGGACAGGGCCGCUGAGCGCGAACUCAAUGUUAAGCGCGACAGACUUAUAGACGCAGAAAAAGACCCCCACAAACGCGAAAAUUUACGCCUGAAGGCCAGAAAACGGGAUCUGCUGAGUGAGGCAAAACGCGCAGAGACCAUCCACCGUCGAAAAGAAGCCGAGAUGCACCGGCGCGAGCAGGAGUCACGCGAGAUGCGCAUGCAACGGGACAGGGAGACCAUCAAGCUGCAGCAACGGACAAAUAACCAGGACCAACAGCAGCAGCAGCAGCAGCACGCACGCACCAGCCCCGAGCAGCAGACAAAUAACCAGGAGCAGCACCAUCAACGGGUCAUGCAGCAACUGCGCGAGCAGAAGCAGCUGCUGGUGCAGGAGCAGACACGGCUGUUGCGGGAACGCGAGAGGCUACAGCUGGAGAAAGAGGUGCAAAACAGCCCUCACCACAACACUCAGGACAGGCGCCUGGACGCCCUGGCUCAGCGCGAGCGGAAUCUGGACAUCCUCGAGAAGCAGCACGCGCAGGACAUGCGGGACCAAGCACAGGGUACGGACAACAGAGCCACUCAGGGCACAGGCACGGAGAGUACACACGGCAGAGACACCAGUGACAAGGCUUACGAGGACUUACAGGACGCCUAUGCCGAUCAUAUGAUGCGGCUGUUAAGGAAGGUAUUUGCAGAGAACUAUGGAGUGUGGGGUAUGGUGAUAAUAGGACGAGAGGAGUGUGUGUGA